ACAUUACAUAAAACUAUUUGGACUGGAUACACAAACCAUCUAAUGGAGAACAAAUAGACUCCAGUGCUCCAAGUUGUCUUUGAAGCUCUGUUGUAGGGGUCAGCAGGCUGAUGGUCCUGUAGUGAAGUCACAUCCUGGCACUACACUUGCUCCCUCUCGCCUGUUGUGCUUUUCCUUCUGGCUCCUGUCUCCCGCCACAGUCCACCCUCUCUUGGUGGUGUUGUAUGGCAUUAGCCGCUGCCCUGUUUAGGUUUGCCGUACAUCACUUUAAUUAAAGUGCUUGCUCAGGUGUGCUGUAUCUAUCCCUCUCUUUCCCUCCAGGGGACGGGCGCUGCUGUGUCAAUAGCAAAACAACAGCCGUGGCAGCUGGUGCAUUCACACAAUGUGUCUGUGUGUAUUUCAAUGCAUAAUCACGCAUUUGUUCAUCCAAGUGUGUUUGUGUGGCAGUGAGUGUGUGUGCGAGUGCGUAUCUAGAUAUUUCUGCCGAAGCAAGGAAGCGGUACCCAUAGUCCUCUAUGAUCUUGAUUACAGACGCACCUUUGAUGUCCUAGAACCUGACAGUGUGUUUUCGUGCCCUGCUUGUUUAUGCCAGAGCAUCUUUGGAUAGGUACCAGUGGCUGAGGUAGUUUUGGAAACAUGGAUUUGUCUAACCUCGGGGAUCUAAUGAGAAAAACCCAGGCCUCCAUUUUGGAGCGGGGUAUGAUCUUUAAGGACAAUGAUGCGGUGAAGGAUGCUGUGGGCAGUGACGGAAUUCGGGUGACGAUGGAGAGCGCCCUGACUGCCAGGGACCGGGUGGGCGUGCAGGACUUUGUCCUGCUGGAGAACCACACCAGCGAGGUGGCGUUCAUCGAGAAUCUUCGCAAGCGCUUCAAGGAGAACCUCAUUUAUACGUACAUUGGUUCAGUGCUGGUGUCCGUGAACCCCUACAAGGACCUGGAGAUCUACACUAAGCAGCACAUGGAACGAUACAGGGGCGUCAAUUUCUAUGAAGUCUCACCCCACAUUUACGCUGUGGGCGAUAAUGCCUACCGCUCCAUGCGGACGGAGAGACGAGACCAGUGCAUCCUGAUCUCAGGUGAGAGCGGAGCCGGCAAGACAGAAGCCUCCAAAAAGGUGCUGCAGUACUACGCCGUCACCUGUCCCGCCAACGAGCACGUGCAGACCGUCAAAGACCGCCUGCUACAGUCCAACCCUGUGCUGGAGGCCUUUGGAAAUGCAAAAACUCUACGAAACGACAACUCCAGUCGCUUUGGGAAGUAUAUGGACAUUCAGUUUGACUUCAAGGGUGCUCCUGUAGGAGGUCACAUCCUGAACUACCUGCUGGAAAAGUCUCGCGUCGUGCAUCAGAGCCACGGCGAGAGGAACUUCCACAUCUUUUAUCAGCUCAUCGAGGGAGGAGAAGAGGACCUGCUGAGGAGACUUGGGCUGGAGAAGAACGCCCAACAGUACCAGUAUCUGGUGAAGGGUAACUGUCCCAAAGUGAGCUCCAUCAACGACCGCAAUGAAUGGAAGGUGGUGAGGAAAGCUCUGAGUGUCAUCGGUUUCUCAGAUGAUGAAGUGGAGGAGCUUUUGAACAUUAUUGCCAGCGUUCUGCACUUGGGGAAUGUUCAGUAUGGUGGAGAGGACGGUGGAAAUGCUUAUAUCACUACAGAAACACAGAUUAAAUACUUAGCCAGGUUGUUAGGUGUGGAUGGCUCUGUUCUUAAAGAGGCCCUAACAAAUAAAAAGAUCAUUGCCAAAGGAGAAGAGCUGAUCAGCCCCUUAAAUCAAGAGCAGGCGGCCUCAGCACGAGACGCUUUAUCCAAAGCUAUAUACGGACGCACUUUUACCUGGCUUGUCAACAAAAUUAAUGACUCUCUGGACUUCAAGGAUGAGACGUUUAACAGUAAAAAUGCCUCUGUCAUUGGUCUGUUGGAUAUAUACGGUUUUGAGGUCUUUCAGAACAACAGUUUCGAGCAGUUUUGUAUCAACUAUUGUAAUGAGAAGCUCCAGCAGCUCUUCAUUGAACUGACUCUGAAGUCAGAGCAAGACGAAUAUGAAGCUGAGGGAAUCACGUGGGAGCCUGUGCAAUAUUUCAACAACAAGAUCAUUUGUGAUCUUGUGGAGGAGAAGUUCAAAGGAAUCAUUUCAAUCUUGGAUGAAGAGUGUCUCAGGCCUGGAGAUGCGAGUGACCUCACGUUCCUGGAAAAGCUCGAGAACACUGUCGGCGGCCACCCCCAUUUCCUCACUCAUAAGCUGGCUGAUGGAAAAACACGGAAGGUGAUGGGUCGUGAGGAGUUCAGACUGAAUCACUACGCAGGAGAAGUCAACUACCAUGUGAACGGUUUCCUGGACAAGAACAAUGAUCUCCUUUUUAGAAACCUGAAGGAGGUUAUGUGUAUGUCUGAAAACAAAAUACUCACUCAGUGUUUCGACCGAGAAGAGCUUACAGACAGGAAACGACCAGAAACGGCGGCAACGCAGUUCAAGACCAGUCUGGCGAAGUUGAUGGAAAUCCUGAUGUCGAAGGAUCCAUCAUAUGUGCGCUGCAUCAAACCCAAUGAUGCCAAGCAAGCAGGGCGUUUCGAUGAAGUCCUCAUCAGGCAUCAAGUGAAAUAUCUUGGUCUGAUGGAGAACCUUCGAGUUAGAAGAGCGGGCUUUGCAUACCGCCGUCGCUACGAGACCUUCCUGCAGAGGUAUAAAUCUCUGUGUCCCGACACCUGGCCAAACUGGGAUGGCCGUCUGGUGGACGGAGUAUCCGCACUUGUUAAGCACCUUGGCUACAAGCCUGAGGAGUACAAACUCGGCAGGACCAAAAUCUUCAUCCGUUUCCCCAAAACCUUGUUUGCAACCGAAGAUGCACUAGAAGUCAGAAAACACAGCCUUGCAACCAAACUUCAAGCAUCCUGGAAGGCCUACACUCAAAAAAACAAAUACCAAAAAAUGCGACAAUCUGCUAUCAAGAUCCAAGCCUGGUGGAGGGGCAUUCUUGCCCGCAGGGAAGCAAAGCGCAGAAGAGAGGCUGCCAACACCAUCCGCAGGUUCAUCAAAGGCUUCAUCUAUCGCCACCAACCACGCUGCCCAGAGAACGAGUACUUCCUGGACUACGUUCGUUACUCAUUCCUAAUGAAUCUGCACAGAAACCUGCCUAAAACCGUUCAGGAUAAGAGCUGGCCAACACCCCCUUCUGCCCUAAUCGAGGCUUCAGAGCAACUUCGCAAAUUGUGCAUGCAGAACAUGGUGUGGAAGUACUGUAAGAACAUCAACCCAGAAUGGAAACACCAGUUAGAGCAGAAGAUGGUUGCAAGUGAAAUCUUUAAGGACAAGAAGGACAACUACCCGCAAAGUGUCUCCAAACUUUUUGUUGGCACAAGGCUCAAUGGAGAAGAUCUUAACCCUAAAGUGCUUCAGGCUCUGGGGAAUGAGAAGAUGAAGUACGCAGUUCCAGUGACUAAGUAUGACAGGAACGGAUAUAAAGCUCGCAACCGACAGCUCCUUCUAAUGGGUGACAGCGCCAUCAUUGCCGAGGAUGCCAAGCUGAAACAGCGAAUCGAUUACAGCGCACUGAAAGGGAUUUCUGUAAGCUCUAUGAGUGAUGGAUUAUUUGUUCUCCAUGUUACCUGUGAAGGCAGUAAGCAGAAAGGUGAUGUUGUGCUUCAGACCGAUCAUGUCAUUGAGACGUUAACCAAAGUGGCUAUCUGUGCUGAGAAGAUCAACACCAUUAACAUUAACCAGGGAAGUAUAAAAUUCGAUGUGGCACAAGGAAAAGAAGGGAUCAUAGAUUUUACAUCUGGAUCAGAGCUGCUGGUAGCCAAGGCUAAGAAUGGACACCUUUCAGUGACUGCACCUCGCCUCAACUCAAGAUGAUAGACGGGUCAUGACCAAGCACUUCCUGUUCCUUCCGAUAUGCUCCUUAAUUCAUCAAUCACAUGACUACAGGCAGAGCUUCUCUCUGCCAAUCAGAUGCCAGCCAGCUGCACCAAAGGGCCUCUGCUUACGGGUUGUGAAGAUCCAGCAAAUUUAUUUAUGUUUUGGGGGAUUAAUAGUUUUUAUGAUUUUAUAUUUUGAAGCCAAGUAAUAACAAUAUGUGUGCAUUUUUCCUGCACUCUUGUCUAGCUUUCUAGCUAGUUUAUAUGGGGAAUAUUGAUUUGUUGGUGGAGAAAAUGACCUCAGACAUGUUAAUGAGGAAAAUCAGGGUUCGUAAUGACUAGUUAUUAGCUUCUAGGUUCUGUUUCCGUUUCACCUGUGAUUUAUGUCUAUGGCUCAUGACUUAGCGUCUCUGUAACACAAGCAAUACUUACUUCUAUUAAGCUCAGUUCUAUAAAUGUUCAUAGGAAAGGUGUUAUUUACUUCUUGUUGCUUAGAUAGAAACCCUAUCAAUCAAAAAGGAAAGCUGAACUUGUUCCACUCAUUAGCUGUGCUUCAUCAUUUCGGUCACAAGUCUAAUAGUUAUUAUUGUUGAUGGAUUGUAUUGUUCAGGAGCUUGUAAAACGAAACGUGAGUUUUAGAGAGUGUGCGCCAAGUGCAUUGAGGGUGCGUGUCAUGUACAAAAAGAUUCCUAGAUUGUAAUGUUGAUGGAAAGAGUGAGCAUUUUGCAUUCAGUGAUAGUAUGUUAAUGAACCAGCCAGACAGAAGGUUGAACUUUAUGGUCUUUCCUCACACACAGUGAUGAAUAUAUGCAUUGUCCUCCUAAUAGAAUGGGCAUAGUAAUGUAUUUUUUAAAGCCAUUUUCCCACAUUAGCACUGCUCGAACCUUAUGGCAGAGCAGUAGGACUUACAAAUAGCAAAUUUAAUAUUGUAAUAGAUUAGCCUUUGUUAUCUUCAAAAAAUAUGUAACUUGGCAGGUUUGUGUAUAUGUAGAUAAAAAUGUAUCCGGACACUACUGUUCACAAACCAAAUGUAAAUGUUAGUUUAGGUAAGAUUUGUCAUACUCUUUUCUUGCACUAUAGGAUUUCAUGCACCUCAACAUCUCGCAGCACAAUUAUUACAUGUUCCGUUGAUGCCAAUAUUGUUCAAAAAAGAUGACGUGAGCAUGUGCCUUCCCUAGUCUCAUAACAGAGGGUUUAUGCUUUAAACUGAAACACUGUAAGAUUCCAUCUGUUAAAUGCUGUUGCAUUUAUUAUAUUUAGAACAAAUGUAUAUUUUUGAUUUACAUUUAUAAAAUGUCCCAAUGUUUUCCACACAAACUCUUGCCCCAUCUCUUUCUGCCGCGUUUAGAUAUAAUUCACACGUUGCGAUUUUGUUUUAUACAGUUUGUUUAAUGUAAGUACCUGGAAAAAAUCUGUUAUUUGAAAGCAAACUGACAAUGUAUCUGAGCAUAUUAAAGCUGAUUAAAAGUUC